GGUUAAUAAGAACCGUAUGAUUUAAUUUUCGAGGUCUAGAUUUCGUGGUAUAUGGGCUCUGCAUGGUGAGAUUCGGAGAGGAUCCCAACUUGUAACAUGAGGACCUCCUCUUGACGGAUAUAAAAGGAUACCUCCCAUCUAUCGCUUUGGCUGCAGCUAAGCACGCACCAGAAACUCUCCAACAUAUAUAUAAACAGGAGCUGAUCCAAAUAGGUAGAGAGCGAUGGAGAGUGUGCUACCGAAUAGGGAGAGAGCGAUGGAGGAGUUGAUCCAAGGGCGUGAACUGGCAAGUCAACUUAGUCGGAUUUUUGAAAAUAGGUCAUUUCUUGUUGAUGGUGCUGAGGGGGGAUCGGCUGAAGGUAUUGUUAAUAAGAUUUUGGGGUCAUUUGUGAAUACCCUUUUGAUUAUAAAUGGGAAGGAGUCUGAUCAAGAGUUUGUUUCUGAUCAAAUUCAAGGGAAUGGUAGUGGUGGUAGUGGCAGUGGUGUUAGUGACGGUGGUAGUGGUGGUAGUGGUGAUGGUGGCGGUGCAGAUUCAUCAUCUUGGGAUGCUAAUCAUGUUCAUGCGGCGCCUGCUAUUACGUCUGAAGAUUAUACUGAGGAGCAGAUCAGUUGUAAGAGCACUUCAACCUUCAAGGAUCGUAGAGGUUCUUACAAGAGAAGAAAGACUUUACAAAACUCUUGGACUAGAGACACUCCUACUUUGACUUACGAUGGUCAUGAAUGGAGAAAGUACGGACAGAAAUUUAUUCGUAGUGCCAAGCAUUCAAGAAACUACUUCAGAUGCACUCACAAAUUCGAGUGCAAAGCAACCAAACAUGUGCAACAAAUUCAAGAUCAUCCACCACUGUUUCGAACCACAUAUUUUGGGAAUCACACCUGCAAAGACUACCUUAACGCUUCGGAAUUGGUCUUGAAUUCCGCAAGUCCUAGAGAUUCUUCAAAGUUCAUUUGUUUUGACAACGCCAACUGUUUGACAAACAAAGAAGAGCACCCUUUUUUCUCAUCCUUUAAAGAAGAUAUGCCAACAACUGAUCAUAUGGUGAAAAGUGACCACAACCAUUCAUCACCGUGUGAUCAUCUUGUGUCGAAUGAUCUGACGGCGUUUGAGUCUUCUGGUCUCAUGAGCGGGUUCUCAUCAAGCAUCGAUCAGUAUGAUUACGACGAGGAGUUUUCAAGGAUUGUCGAGUCUUACUUCGAGAAUGAAGUUUCGCAAUACGGAUUUUGAAUUUUAAAUUGGAUUUAGGAAAAUCAUAUGUAUGUUCAGUUUCUUUGAAGAAACUUGUUGCUUUCUCAGGGUAUAAAAAUCAUGUAAACACUGUUAUUUUCGGAAAAAAAAUAAAAGGAGAAAAAGGAGCAACCUUGUUCUCUGUCUUCUUGUUAA